AUGGCGCCUGGGUAUGGGCAUGGUGGCAAGCGGAAACGCAUUGAUCGCUCAUGGUCCGGCGAGUCAGGGAGCAAUGAUCUCCGACCUUCACCCCAUCGCCCUGGGACACUCAACAUGGCACAUCACCCUACCAACCACGGACACCAAUCCCCCACUCCCCGAGAGCAAAACGACACACGUGACAGAUCUCGCCGACAAUCGCAUCGCAGCCGGGCAGGUUCCCGCCGUGAAUCCUAUGAUGGUCAGAAUUUUUCGAAUUCGCAGCAUAGAGAAGCGAACGCCAUGUCUCCUCCCGCGAUAAAUCAGCCCAGGGAACCUGCCGAGCCCGUACCGCAUAAUGGCGACUCGGCCACUGCGAGACCUACCCCUUCCCCUGCGCCGAAUACUCCUGCUUCACAGCCUCAACCUAACCCGCCUCAACCUAACCCGCCGUCUCGAGCUGGCUCAGAGACUAUCACCCACCCACCCUCUCUCCCGCUCCCACCUUAUGACUACGAAUAUGUGACCGACAAUGCUGUUGAGGAAUGGGCUUCAGCGGGCAAGCAAAAGGUAGUCGAAGAAGGGGCUGCGGCCCGCCUGCAACAGGAUCUGGCUCGGCUUGCAUCUGUAUACCAGGAACUUAUUCGUUCCGCGAUCUACGGUCGACUGUCACCAUCGAAUGCAGGAAAUGCUGUCAAAGAGAUCAUCGGCGAAGAAUCUGUGUCCCAGGAUGUGGAUAUGGAGGGCGACAGUGGAAAGCCUUCGACCCAGGGAAUCGACCCGUGCUCCUUGUUCCUCGAUACGCUUUCCAUUGUGACUGAUGCUGAUACCUCGAACCCAGCCCUUAAACCACUUGUAUUCGCGACAGGUAUCGAUCCUGCUUUGAUGCGCCUUCAGCUUGAAACCCCGUUGUUGCAGGCCUUGGGGUUGGUUCGCGAAACCUUUGCGCGAAUGGGAAUUCGCAAGCAGACCAACCAGCUCUACCGACAGUCUAAUUACAAUCUUCUCCGGGAAGAAUCCGAGGGAUACUCGAAACUCAUCACCGAGCUAUUCACCACAAGCAACAAUGAGCCCCCGUCGAGCGAAGUGGUUGAGGAUACAUUUGAAAGAGUUAAGGCUAUGAUUGGCGCAUUUGACAUGGAUGUCGGCCGUGUGCUUGACGUCACGCUGGAUGUGUUUGCUGCGGUUCUUGUCAAGCAAUACCGUUUCUUCGUCAAGCUUCUGCGAGUCAGCUCCUGGUGGCCGAAGGAAGACACCUUCUACAGCCUAGAGCAAGGCCGUCGCCACACUGGCAUUCCGAACUGGGCACUUCCUGGAUCAACGGGGUGGAUCACAACCGAGGAGGAGCGAUCAGCUACUAUGCGCGCAAAUGAAGAGCGCGAUAGCCAAUUCUGGGAUCGAGUGAGGGAAAUCGGACUUCAAGCCUUCUUCGAGAUCGGUCGUAAACCAAUUUCAGAGGAGGAAAGGCAACAGAGUCUCUCAGAAACCAAUGGUUCAUCCUUUGAAGAAGAUGCCACACGAUCAUGGCUUGAAGAGACUGGCACUCUACCCCCGAAGGGCAACCGGGUUGCAGCACAGCUGCUUGGUUUCAAGUUGCGAUUCUAUUCUUCUUCAGCUCGAACCAAAGCCGAUGUUCUCCCUGAUAAUCUCAUUUACCUUGCUGCCCUGCUCAUCAAAGUUGGCUUUAUCUCUCUGCGUGACCUUUAUGCUCACCUCUGGCGAUCUGACGACACCAUGGAGAUUUUAAAGACCGAAAAGAUGGCAGAGAAAGCUGAAAGAGUGAAGGCUGGCCGACCAGGUGGCGGAAUCAACGCCCUGAUGAUGGCCGGCGCUUUGUCGGACGACACAGUUCCUCCUUCCCGCUUGCGCGAUGAGCCGCGAGCCGCGACCCCUGGUAAAGAUCAAGAAUCCAACAAAGGCACACCCAAAACGGAAAACGAGUUGCCGGACCCAUCAGACCAGAAAGUUCUGCUUCUCAAGAGUCUCCUCGCCAUUGGUGCCAUCCCCGAAUCCCUUUUCGUCAUCAGCAAGUUCCCCUGGUUGAUGGAGGCUUACCCCGAGCUACCCGAGUUCAUCCACCGCAUACUCCAUCACUCUUUGAACAAGGUUUACAUCCAGUUCCGACCAUUGUCAUCUACCGGCGACUUCCCCGGAGCUCAAUACAUGGUGACCUCCGAUCAGAACAAUGCGAAGGGCCAGAUUGGACUUACACCCCCACCUGCCAGACGAGUUCUGCGAUGGGCUCAACUGGAUAAAGAAGACACCAAUGAUGGCACCGACUAUCGAUUCUACUGGGAUGACUGGGCCGAUAACAUCCCCAUUUGUCAGUCUGUCGACGAUGUUUUUGCUCUUUGCUCAUCUUUCCUCAACCUUUCUGGUCACAAGAUUGGACAAGACGCGAGCCUCUUGGCGAAGCUUGUACGCAUUGGAAAGGGGAGCUUGCUCCAAGACGGAUCCGAAGAGAACAGAACACGUUGGCGCGAUCUUUGCAAGCGUCUUCUUCUACCGGCUGUCAGCCUAACAAAAGCAAAUCCUGGCGUGGUCAAUGAAGUUUUUGAUCUCGUCAGCUUCUUCCCCCGAGACGUGCGAUACAACAUGUACGCAGAGUGGUACUCGGGACAGACAUCCCGGCUGCCAGACAUUAAGGAGGCCUUCGACCAAGCGAGGGCGGAGACCAAGGACACUCUCAAGCGUCUCAGCAAGACAAACAUCCGACCCAUGGCCCGCGCAUUGGCCAAGAUUGCUUACGCUAAUCCCGGAAUUGUUAUUAAUGUCGCGAUGAGCCAAAUUGAGUCGUAUGAAAACCUCAUCGAAGUUGUGGUUGAAUGCGCACGCUAUUUCACCUAUCUUGGUUAUGACAUCCUAUCUUGGUCUCUCAUUAAUUCGCUUGGCCAGAAAGGACGAAGUCGAGUCCAGGAAGGUGGACUGUUGACUAGUCGAUGGUUGAACGCCCUCUCCACAUUCGCCGGCCGAACUUACAAACGAUACUCGGUGAUGGACCCUACUCCAGUCCUCCAGUAUGUGGUAGAGCAACUGCGACACAACAAUUCGACCGAUCUCAUUGUGUUAGAGCAACUGAUCAGCUCAAUGGCUGGUAUCAUCUCAGACAACGACUUCAAUGACGCUCAAAUCCAGGCCAUGGCCGGUGGUGAUGUUCUCCAAUCCCAGACCAUCUUGCAACUACUGGACAAGCGUCACGAGUCCAAGACUACCUCCAAACGGUUGGUCAAAUCGUUGACCCACACCAGACUCGCUGGCCAGCUGUUGGUGGCCAUUGCCCAAGAACGACUGACUUGCGUUUACAAUGAAACUUCCUCGGAGCUUAAAUUGCUCGGCAAUGUUUUUGACGAGAUCCACCGAAUUCUCACCCAAUACCUUGAUUUACUUCGCAGCAAUCUUUCGGUUGAUGAGUUCGAUUCCUUUGUUCCAGACUUUGCGUCUCUCAUCACGGAGUUUGGAAUUCAGCCCGAAAUCGCCUUCUGGAUUCGUCGGCCCAGCAUCGCUCGUAAAAUCGAUGACGUUGAAGAAUCGAAGCAAGAGAAAGAACGUUCGGCAUCUGCACCAAAGUCGAACGGCGACAACAGGAUGGACACUGCCGAGGAUGGAGAAGCACCUCCGAAGUCCGAGGAGAGUCCGGCAGACAGUGCCAUGGAUGUCGAUAAGGGCGAAACAGAAAUUACGAUUCCGGUCGAAGGACCCGAUGCCAUCCUUGUUCCUGCGGUCAAUGCCGAACCAUUGGCAGCCAACCCCGUCAUGCAAGAGUUGAUUGACGAUGUCAAAACUGCUCUUUCUGCCGAAAAAUGGGAGACAAUUGGAGCCCAUUUCUAUGCGACUUUCUGGCAGCUUUCCCUUUACGAUGUUCAUAUCCCGCAGAAAUCUUACGAGGAUGAAAUCGACAGGCUCAAGCGGCGAGUCAUCUCUAUCAACAGUGACCGAUCUGAUAUUAGUGUGGCAGGCACAACACGAAAGGAGAACCUGAAGCGUCAGGUUACUCAGCUACAGGAGCGCAUUCUUGAUGAGAAUAAGAAUCAUCUCAAGGCAUACGGGAACACACGCGCUCGGUUGCAGAAAGAGAAAGACAAGUGGUUCGCCGGUAUGCGCCUCAAGCAUGACGCUCUCAACGUUGCCCUAUUGGAGCAAUGCUUCAUUCCUAGGCUUCUUUUAUCCCCUCUCGAUGCAUUUUUCUGCUUCAAGGUGUUGAAGUUCCUACACAGCUCUGGGACCCCUAAUUUCCGGACCGUUGGUCUCAUUGACCAGCUUUUCCGCGAGCAGAGACUCACUGCUCUCAUCUUCUUAUGCACAUCCAAAGAAGCGGACAAUCUCGGUCGUUUCUUGAAUGAGAUUUUGCGUGAUCUUACUAGAUGGCAUGCCGACAAGGCAGUUUACGAGAAAGAAGCAUUCGGCGCUAAGAGAGACCUCCCUGGCUUCGCCAAAAAUGUCGAUUCCGGAGGUGUGCCAGCAAUGUUUUUGGAGUUCGAAGACUUCCGGCGUCUAUUGUACAAAUGGCACCGCUGGUUUUCCAGUGCGCUGAAGAGCUGUCUCGGCAGUGGCGAAUACAUGCACAUUCGAAACGCAAUCAGCGUGCUCAAGGCUGUUGUGAAACAUUUCCCUGCUGUGAACUGGAUUGGUCGCGACAUCUUGAACAGCGUUGACCACCUGAGCAAGAACGACGAGCGAGACGAUGUGAAGAUUCCUGCCGCGUCUUUGAUCGGUGACCUCAAUCGGCGCGAGAAGAAGUGGAUGCUGCCACAGGCUUUCUAUUUUGUGGCAGCUCAGCCUGGUUCUCACCCAUCCGCUGACGCAGCUGGAAAGCCCGGGACCCCGCAACCUGCUGCGACACCCUUGAAUGCAUCAGCCCCAGAGUUCAACCCCACUGGAUCCUCAAUCUCCGAUGCCAAACAGGAACAGCCUAGCAAGGCUGAAGUUGAAGAUGGUGAAAUCGAGGAUGCGAAAAUGACCGAUGUCAGUACAGGGAAGGGUGGUGAAGCCAAGCCGACCUCUCAGGCCGGGUCUACCACGCCUUCCGUGGUCGCUGCGGACACCAGCCAAGACGCUGUGUCCGGUGUACCCCCUCUGUGCAAUCUCGGCCACAUUCUCGUGCCCCCACUUCAUCCCGUCAGCCUGAUAUUCCCAAAAGACCUGAUAUUCGCCAACAAGUUCAUCCCCCCGUUCGUCCCCCGCCACGGCACAGCGAUGGAAGACUGCCUCCGCGCCCUGAGGGAUUGGAUGAUCGACGAGAGAGACAUCCCGACUUUGGACCCCGCGGUCGUCAUGGUGGCCCUGAUCAUAAUCGCUCCUUUGAUGGUUCUCUAG